CGGGUGGGGAAAUCCACUUCACAGGAUUGCACAACAACUUAAUUCUUUAUAGUCUUGUAGCAACACAAAGGAUAACUUAAAAGAAUUGUAGCGUUCUGUCAUCAGUGGAGUCAUGCUUGAAUAAUAAUGAGGUUAAAGGGCACUACUACAGGUAUAAAUGAAGUACAGAACUCUGCAGGAGAAAAAGAAAAACGACUUUGGAGUUAACUACUGAAGUAGAACUGGAACAGAUAACUCUUUUUGCAAUGAAGAUUUUUCUUGUGGUUUCUCAUUUCAUUAUUUUCUUUCAAACUGGCCUGCCACAGUCUCUUCGUUGGUGUACAGAGUCCAGUAGUGAAAUGGCGAAAUGUAAGGACAUGGCAAAUGCUUUUACCCUUCAGAACUUGGUACCAAAGAUCCAGUGUGAAUCUGCUCAAUCCCCAGAAGAUUGUAUGGUGAAGAUUCAGGGCAGGACCAUUGAUGCUGUUACUUUAGAUGGAGGGCACAUUUACAUAGCUGGAAAAAAAUAUGGGCUGGUGCCUGCUGCUGGGGAAAGCUACGCUGACAGUGAUGGAACCACAUACUAUACUGUCGCUGUUGUGAAGAAGAACGAUAGCGUCUUCUCCAUCAAUGAACUCAAAGGGAAAAAGUCAUGCCACACCGGAUAUCAGAGGACAGCUGGAUGGAAUAUUCCCAUUGGGUUUCUGAUUCAGAAGGGUUUCAUUUCGGCAAACAACUGCGACAUUGUUAAUGCCACAAGUCAAUUCUUCUCCAAAAGUUGUGUUCCAGGAGCCAAUCAAAAUGGAUUCCCUUCUAAUUUAUGUGCACUUUGCAUUGGUGAUGACAAUGGAAACAAUAAAUGUGCACUGAGUAAUAAGGAACGAUACUCUGGCUACAGUGGGGCUUUCAGGUGUCUGGUAGAAUCUGCUGGUGAUGUGGCCUUUGUGAAGCAGACAACAGUAAAUGAAAACACAGACGGUAAUAAUGCUGAACCCUGGGCAGCUAAUCUAAAUUCCAGUGACUUUGCUCUGUUGUGUCCUGAUGGUACACGGAAAGAAGUGCAUCAAUAUAUCCAGUGUAACAUGGCUCAGGUUCCUGCACAUGCGGUCAUGGUUCAUCCAGGCAUCAAUAUUAAUUCAGUGUUUGGGCUUCUUGACAGAGCUCAGGCCUUCUUUGGAAAUGACAGCAACAUUUACAACUUUUCCAUGUUUGAUUCUUCUAAAUAUAAUGGAAGUGAUCUAAUCUUCAAGGAUUCUACAAUUAAGAUUGUUUCAGUAGGAGGAAAGACCACUUAUGAGAAAUGGCUUGGAGAACAAUACACUAAGAUUCUUCAACAACUGGAUUGCUCUGGUGCCAGUGCAUUUUCCUUGUCAAAUGCACUGUUUGUAUUGAUUGGCUUUCUUGUAAUCAUCUGCCAGUGAAUUUGAACAUGUCUAUACAGCUUAUUUGAAGACAAACAGAACAAGAAAACAAGAACAUUAUUUGAACUACUGAUCAACUACAAGAACAUUCUGGAGUGAAAUCCAUGCUGGAACUUAAAAUGGUUGUUUGAUUACUUAAUAUGAAUAUCUCCACUUUCCGUGCACUGCUUACAGAAACAAAAUACAGUUUCAUGUAUUUAUAGCAUGUUGUUUGCAAAAUCAAGACACUCAAAAUAUGACCAUUGCACCACUGAUCCUUCUGAUGUAAAACCAACAUUAUAUGUAUAGUUUCCUGUCAUUAUAACACUAUUUGUUUUUAAGCAAUUUGUGGUACUAAGGUAGAAAAACUACCAGAUGGCUUACUUUUCUGUUACUACUGAUUUUCUUGCUACAUUUGUUACAGUGGUUGACCAUAUGGUUCAAAUACGGAUGACAUCUCACCUGCAGCAAAUUAUAAACUUGUGUGUGUACAUUUGUAUGCUGCUCAAAGUGAUGAUCAUGCUGUGAUAAGAAAUCAAGCACCACAGAAGUGUAAAUUAAUUGUUUGUUACAAUUCAUUUACUAGAGCUAUUUAUAACACUGGAGUAGGAGGAAAAAGACACAGAAGUUUAUAUUUACCCACCCACAAUCCUUCCACCCCUCCAUCCAUCCAUUCAUCCCUCUUUCCAUCCAUCCAUCUGUAGAGUACUUGUCUUAGUGAAAGUCACAGUAGUAGCAUCGAUCUGUGUAGGCCCAACUUCUCCGUGUAGGCCCGACUUCUCUAUGCCCAGAAACAUUCUCCAGCUCAUCUUCUGGGAUCCUUACAACAUGUCUUGGGCCUGAUCCAGGGCAUCUUCCCAGUGAGUUUUUCCUGGUACAUUUCCCCAAGAAGGUGCGGGGUGGGGCAUCUUCUAUAGGUGCCCAGACAUUCUAUACUGACUCCUCUCAACACAGAUGAGCAGUGGACUCCCUCUGACAUUCUCCCAGAUUCUACAGCUUGUCUUUCUAACGUAGAAACCCUAUGAAGUAGACUCAUUUCUGUUAUUUGUAUCCAGGUCUCAUUCUCUGUGUCACUACAUGAAGGUCAUGACCACUGGUGAGGAAGGGGACAAAAAUGACCAGUAAACUGAGAACUUUGCCCCAUGACUCAGAUUUUGUUUCGUGACGAGCUCAGUCUGGCAUGCCACCUGCAAUUCUUGUGCUACUGCAGCAAUCCAUUUGCCUGUUUACAGAUCUUCUCUGGUUAUGGUCAUGAACAAGAGCCCAAAUUACAUAAACACCCGCCCCCAAACACUUAAGGUAGAUGUUCUUCUCUCACCUACAGAGACUAGUCCCUUCUUUUUUGAGAGUCCAUCAAAAAAGUCCUAAAUAUGAGCAGGUGCACAUUGUAUACUGUUUGUUUUAAGUCUCAGGUAGUAUAGAUUGUGUGUACCAUGAGUAUUAUAUUUAGGUUUAUAACAAACUUAUCAGACAGGAACCCUCCCACUUUAAGUUUUGCCUCCAGUCCUUCAUAUAUCCUCCCAAUUAACCUUAUAAUAUCAGGGAAUGCAAAUGCUUUCAUUGCCCUACUCAAACUCCCAGCCUACUAUGUUGAAUGCUUUUACUGCAUCAAGACCCACCAACAACAGUGAUAUUUUUUUACAUUCACUUACCUCUGGAUCAUCAUUGUUCUAUUAAUGUUG